AUAUUAUCAUAAAAUACUUAAGAAAUAUUGAAACUUUGUUAUCUUAUAGUCGGUUUUUUGUUGUUUUUUUUUUUAUAAAUUUUGCAUGAUACACUGACAGAAGGACAUAUGAAGAAGUUUAAAUUGUUCAAACAAAAGGGGUCUGGCUCCGACAGGAACAGGCAAGCACAAACGAAUAGCCCUGGUCUUCUGGAAAAACCUUGGAGGAAAUUUGAACCUGGUGGAGACUGGACUUCAAAGUACCAUAAAAAGCUUUUAGGACAAAUAAAUGAGCACGACAUUAAAGAAGAAGGAAUUGAUACCAUUCGGAUUAUGCUGUUGGGUCAAAUCAAAGCUGGUAAAUCAUCGUUUGUAAACACAGUAGCUUCAAUAGACAUAGAGCGAAUUACACAAAUUACACGUGCUGGAGGAGCUGACAAAAGUCUGACAUUUGCGCUAAAGGAGUAUAGACCGUCGGGAGCUUUAAAGAAAACCAUUUGCAUGUUAGAUACGAUGGGUUACGAGGAAGGCGCUGGAGGAUUGAAUGUGAAGGAUAUUGUACAACUAGUUAAUGGAAAUAUCCGUCGUAAUUACAAGUUUAAUCCUGCAUCUCCCAUCGAAAAGGAAAGUACUGAUUUCAGACAAGACCCCAAAAAAGGCGAUUUGGUAAACUGCAUUGUCUUUGUAGCGGACGCUAAUAUUCUUGGACAUGAUAACAUAACAGUUGAAACAAGGCAAAAACUAAAGGAACUACAAGCUGAAUUACGCUCACACGAUGUUGCAACAAUUGUAUUAUUGACCAAGAUUGAUGUUCUGUGUGAAUGUGUGGCAAAUGAUAUACAAAAUACCUAUAUGAGUGAAAAAGUUAAGCAGGCGGUUGAUAUAGCCAAGGAGUUAUAUAGUGUUCCGAAAAACAAUAUUUUCCCUAUAAAGAAUUACGAAGAUGAAAUGGGAAGGGACGCCCACCUUGAAAUCUUAAUACUUCUAGCUCUGAGACAAAUGAUGUACUAUGGAACAGAUUACCUCAAUGCUGCAUCCGCAUCAGAUCAAUUUGGAGAAACAUAAACAAACAGAAGAAAUACUUAAUAUAGACAUUGAUGUUAUAAAAUUGUUUAAAAUUUUCUAAAUUGGACGAGUUCUGUCAGUGUAAAUUGUCAGGUUAAGUCUGUAAAAAUCUCAGUUUAAGGAAUAUAACCAGCAAAAUGAUAGAAUGGAAAAUUGUGUUUGAAAAUGAAAUUUAGUUUAUAAUAAUAAGUAUAUUUUGUAGCCGAUAGAUACAUGAAAAAUAUUGUUUUAAAAUCACAACUUGAUAAUUGUCAGAAAUUAUUUUUGAUAAAUGUCACAUAUAACCAGUUUUAAAACUCUUUGUUCUAUUAUUCAAAUUUAACUCAUUAUACUAGUAUAUUAAUACUACAUAACUUAUACCUAUUUCUAUUCUACGGAAUCUUAUGCUUCAUACUAUAUUUCGUAGUUGUUGUUGUGUAUUUACUGUACUUGUAUAUACUAUAGAUUUCUACUUGUUAAAAUCUUUCCUUAAGAAAAUAAAAACAAAAUGUUAACUGGCACCGUUUUAAUUUGCAUGUGUGUGAAACUGCUAGGUGUCUUGCUGAUAACCAAUCCGUGUUCGUUAUCAAUUUUAUUCUAAAAAUUCUUUCAAAGAAUUUUUUUUUAGAUUUGUUGUUGUAUUUUCUGACAAUUAAAUCUAUUCUGUCGUCGACUUGACAACCAAACAUUGUACAGUUCCAUUAAACCAUUUUAACACUAUUGUUGCUAUUCCAAUCAAAAACUAUUUAGAAAAUAGAUUAAACAUACUUAUUUCUUUAUUAGUAAUAUAUACACAUCAUAUAUUCAAAGGAAAGCAUAAGACCGGGGGAAAUAGUCCUCUAGCUAAUUAUUCACCUGUGUCGUUUUGGUUUUGGGUUACAAAAACAUAAAAUAUUCGAGUUCAGUGUAACGUUGAACCUGUUAAGCCUUUUCAAUAUUUUUGUCUAUUUGUAUUAAAUCGCCGACAUUCAGAAAAGUUAUAAUGCAAGUAAGUUUAUAUUUUUACCACAUUCACGAUAUUGUAGAAUAUAUAUAAUAUAUUAUAUAUUUCGCAAAAGAUUAUAUUUUAUUGAGCUGUAUUUGUUUGUAACCUUGAAUGGAAUAUUUAAGGUUUCAUGUCAGCAUUUUACUUAAGUUUACACUUUCGAAACCAUGGAAACAGACAGAAACAUUAUCGAACUCUUAGCUAUGUCACAAAAAUACUAUCUGAGAUUAAGGCCAUUGUCCGGUGCCUUACAAAGAGUACUACAGAUAAAUACAAGUUGAUUUACAAUUGAGUCUUUAAGGAUGAAGCAAGAUUGCAUUGGAAAUAUAAUUCUGUUCAUGUUCUUGUGUAUAAAUUUAUUGUUUAACUACUUUCUCUAUAGUACCCUCUUUCAUUCCUUAUACUGAUUGAAAGAUGUAAUCACUCGAUGUCGUUUGAUUUUGAAAAUCCUCAAACAGCAAUUGAAUAACUGAGAACUGAACCAACAAACGUGUCAAAAACCUGCAAACCUGAAUCUUUAAGUAAACAAAAUAUAAAACAAAUUGUCCUGAUAAACUUGAGUAAUGGGGGACUCCUCCGGCAGUAAGUAUAAGUGUUUUAUCACAAGAAAACGGUUAAGGUAUGCAAAGAAAAGGUAUGACUGUGUUUUUAAAAAGUUUUAGAACCGUUUCGAAUUCAAACCAUUGUGGACAAAAAUCUAGAUAUUAAAAGUCUUUCAAUUUUUCAUAACUCGUUAAUAUAUGAUCUCCAAAGAUGACUUUGAUUUCAGUUCUACACAUGGACACUGGUUUUAGUUGUCAUUUUUGAGACUGUAAAAAGGGAGUCUUGUUUACUUGCAUGUAUUUAUAUAAAAUGAAGCAUAAAUUUUCAAAAAUCAAUGAUCACUUGUUACUUGGAGUCAGUUUUUUUAUUGCAUGUGUAUUGGCCUCACCUAAAAACAAAAAGAUAAAUAAUUUCUACAAAAAAUGUAUUUCCUUUGCAAAAAGAAUCCUCUGAAAAUGCCACGGUGAUUGAAAUUUUAUCAAAAAUA